AUGGUUUCCACCUUCACGUGGCUUCGCUACCUUAAAUCCAAAGCUCAAUACUCCGUCGCUCUCGGAUUCAAGAACCAUAAAGGAGGUCAAGUGAAAGAUAAUGAGCUCACAGAUUUUCUUUGGAAGCACUUCUGUCAUGGAAAAAUGACUUUCUUGCACUGGAAUAAAGGAGAGGAGAUGGCACCUACUAUUGCUGGAAAAGGAGCCACUCUUCUUGUUAGGAGAUUACCAAUUCCAGACCCAAGACAUGUUUAUGUAGGAGAUGUUGUGGUCUUGAAGAACCCUGAAAAGCCAGAUGACUACCUAGUCAGAAGACUAGCUGCGACUGGAGGUUAUGAAAUGGCUUCUACUAAUGAAAAGGAUGAAUCAUUUGUUCUUGAGCAGGAUCAAUGUUGGGUAGUGGCUGAAAAUGAAAAAUUGAAAGUCAAGGAAGCAAAUGAUAGUAGAACAUUUGGUCCAAUUCAGAUGACGAACAUCGUAGGCAGAGUCCUAUACUGUCUGCGAAGUGCUGUAGACCACGGCCGUGUACAGAACAGUCCUUUCAGCAUGCAAAAUGAUUCACCAGUGUUGGAAGUGGAGCUUGAUGUUGAUGAGAUGGCAAAAAGCCACAAAGCCUGA